AUGGUCCUCGCCAGUGACCCCCAGAAUGCAUUGCUCUGGGCUCUAAGUGAACUUGAGGAGAACAAUUUCAAGAUACUGAAGUUCCACUUACGGGGUAUGGCCCUGCCUGAGGGCCAGCCCCAUCUGGCCCGAGGGGAGCUGGAGGGUCUGAGUCGGGUGGACCUGGCAUCUAAGCUGAUUUUAACGUAUGGAGCACGGGAGGCUGUGAGAGUGGUGCUCAAGGCCUUGAAGGUGAUGAACCUGUUGGAACUCGUGGACCAGCUCAGCCUCAUUUGUCUGAAUGAUUACAGACAAAUAUACCGAGAACAUGUGUGCUGCCCACAGAAGAGGAAAGAAGGGGAGGUUGACAGCAGCUAUAGACAACUGCUCCUGGUGGCCAAGCCCAGCUCAGGGAGCCCAGAAUCAUCUGUCUGCCCCAUCCUGGAGCAGGAGCUGGACUCUGUCGUGGUGGAAGCUCUAUUUGGUUUUGGGGAAAAGCCCUACCCGGCCCCAUUCUUGGUGGUGCUACAGGGGUCUGCUGGCACUGGGAAGACAACUCUGGCCAAGAAAAUGGUGUUGGACUGGGCCACGGGUACCCUGUACCCAGGCCGGUUUGAUUAUGUCUUUUAUGUGAGCUGCAAAGAAGUGGUCCUGCUGCCCAAGGGCAAAAUUGAGCAGCUCCUCGUCUGGUGUUGUGAGGACAGCCAAGCCCCUGUCACAGAGAUUCUGAGGCAGCCAGAGCGGCUCCUGUUCAUCCUGGAUGGCUUUGAUGAGCUGCAGAGGCCCUUUGAGAAACAGUUAAAGAAGAGGAGUUCGAGUCCCAAGGAGGACGUGCUGCACCUUCUAAUUAGGAGAAGGAUACUUCCCACGUGCUCCCUGCUCAUCACCACCCGGCCCCAGGCUUUGCAGAAUCUGGAGCCCUUGCUGAAUGGAGCGUGCCAUGUCCGUAUCCUGGGCUUCUCUAAGUUCUACAGCUUCCGCCACAUCAGCUUCCAGGAAUUUUUUCAUGCCAUGUCCUACCUGGUGACACAGGACCAGAGCCGGCUGGGGGAAGCGUCCCGCCGAGAAAUGAAAAGGCUGUUGCAGGUACAGGACCCAGAAGGGAACAAGGAGAUGACCCUCAGUGUGCAGUUUCUAUUGGAUAUGUCAAGAAAAGAGAGCUCCUCAUACUUGGAGCUAAUGUUCGGCCUCAGAUUUCCUCCCUGUUUAAUGCAGGACCUGAAGCAUAUUAAAGAACAGGUGGAAUCUCUGAAGCGCAAGAGGAGCUGGGAUUUGGAACUCUCCCUGAAUACGUCUAAAAUAAAGAAAGCGAUUAAAGGUAUUAGGAUGCCUGAUGUUUUUUUCAAGAAACGACAUGCUAAUGAAAGGAAGUCCCAUAGCAGCAAGUCAUUUUCUGUCAAAACCAGCUUGGAUAAUGGACAGAAAGAAGAGCCUAAACGUCCUCUUGUGGGAGCACAAAAAGAGGUUUCUCAUGGAAAAGUCAGAGGAGCAGAGGAACCAGAUGAGGAAGUUGGGAGCAGUAGUUUGGGCAGCAGAGAAACAGCGCCACCAGCGCUGGAGGGUCAGAUGAGUGGGGGGAUGGAGGGAACAGAGGAUGGGGAAAGACAGACAGCAAGUAAAACAGGAUAG